AUGAUUUCGAAACAAUUACCAAACAUCACUGCAUUCCAUGAAAACCUGGAUUUCACAGCCACCCUUGCCAACUUGAGCAUAUAUGCAGGAGAGACAAGUGAUGUUGUGGAUAGCGCGGCAAUGCUUGCGUUCAUGAUGUCAUCAUCCGUGUCGAGUAUGGCCCAAGUUGAGGAUGUUGGAGAGGACUACGAGGAGCAGAAGAUCAUAAACAUCAUUUUGUGGUUUGCGACGGGUAUUCUUUUCCUGAUUCCCUGUCUUGAAGGGGGAGCCGAGGCCCUGGAGUUGGCGGAUGUGGCUCCUACUCUGAGACUGAAUGGCACCGCUGGUGAUGUUGGAAUAGCAUCAAGGAGAAUGGUCCAUCUGCUGUACUCGGCAUACUUCUGA